UUUCAAUCUAUCUGUGAUUCAAGUCCCCGUCACUUGGACUUCUUAAGCAGUUUUUAACUCAUGUGCGUUAUUCGAAAAUACUGAUGUUUUUUCAGUGUUCUGUGAGAAUUUUUCUUUAAUUAUCGGUUGACAUGAUAGAUAUCAAUGAAUUGUGUUUAACGUUCAAGUGAAAUUAAUGAAUUGGUUACUGAAAAUUAAAAAGUUGUAUAGGAAGGAUUAAUUUGACGCAUAAAUCAAGGCACAUUCAUUUAUAUUGCUAUGGAUAAAACCAUAAUAUUAAUUUUAAUUAUUAAAUUAAUAUUUUGGACACAAACUGAAGCCACAGAAAGAUGGUCACGACAGAUUGCAAAUAGUGAUUGGGUUCCACUAACAAAUCAUAGACAUAAUCAAAGAAGUCAUAGUCACUCACAAGAAAAUGUAUUUGCAUCUUCUUUGCAAACAAAUAGAGCUUCACCUGUAUCACUUUCACCACCUCUUCAGAAGCAAUAUGAGGAUCAGUUGUUGCAACUACAAAAAACUCAAGAAAGUAUCCAAAAGCUCCUAGACCUUCAAGACCAACUGAGAAUUCAGCAACAGCUCCUUCAGUCGCACGCAUAUAUUCAGGAUGGUAUUAAAAACCAAGAAGGAGAAAAAGAGUCAAUUCAGCAAAGUAGGAUACAAAAUCUACAAGCAGUUCCUCAAUUAGUUCCAGAGAAUUUAACGCCACCAAAUUCUGGAUUCAAAUCGUUGCCACCACUUUUUUCUGAAUCAAAUCAGCAUUCAAAAAGCGAUAGGCAUAAAUUAAGAAACUAUGGAACAGCUAAACAUCAUCAAGACUCUGAUAAUCGAUAUAAAGUUAAUACAGAACAGUAUCUUAAGGAUGCAAAACAGGAUACAACAUCAGAUGAAUUAUUUGAAAGUCAUAAACGUUAUAAAACUGAUAAUAAGAUUAAAUUCCCAUCACAGACAUGGACAAAGCCAGAUGAAUCAGAUGAUGAAGAGAUUCAGUUAGUCUAUGUACCAGCAGAGGCACUUCUUGCAAAAGGUCAAGAAAAGAAUGAAAAAGAUCGGUCACAAAAAAAGCAAAAUUACAAUAACUAUCAGGAUAACUCGGGAAUUCAUUUUCCACCAGGAAUGUUAAACCAAAAAAGUUUUUCACUUAAACAUUUUGAUCAGUCGCCCGAGAGUAUAAAUGAAGAGGGUCAAUUUUUCAAAGAAGAAAUAAAAGAAGUGACAAGAAAUUUCGAACCAGAAGCAAUAAAAGAUGAAAAUAAACAAAACGAGUAUCAAAAAGUGUAUGAGGGUAGAGAUAAACAGGAACAAGAGAGGAGAAAACCUGCAAGUAGAACAAAAGAAGGUAGAAUAAGGCAAAAUCAAAAUAAAUAUGAACAAUAUAAUAAGCAAGCUGCUCUAGAGAGGAAGAAAGAUUCGGAAUAUCAGAAAAAUAUCAAUUAUCAAAAUGACAUGGAUUAUUCGAGAGAACUACAUAGAUUAAAAGAUACUAUUAGUCAAGAAGGAAGUUUGCCACGACAAAGAGAAUUAGAAAAACAUUCAUACCAAUCAGCUUUUAGGGAACACCUUCCUUCUAGAAAUGAACAAUAUAUGAAUCAAGAUCUUUAUUUUAAUGAAGAGAAGAUCCCACAAUCACAAUCAUUGAUACAUAAUGGACAACACCAACAAUAUUCUACAGAAGACGUUAACAAUGUUACAAAUAAUAGGAAAAAUAAGUAUCGACCUCAGAUUGAGCAACGUUAUGCCACUUAUAAUAAAGAUGAUAUGACAACAACUCCCUUGUCUCCCAACCAACCACCUUUAUCUAUUUAUAUGGCAACGAACUUAGAUGCUCAAAAUGUUGAUGUAAACCAUUUACUUGAACUUCUUCAAAAUGCAAAGACAAUUGCAGUAAUCGAUACCGUCCUUCCCAACACACCAAAAGUAUUCGUUGGACCAGCAUAUCUGGAUAAUUUAGUUGGAUACGUUAAAUUUGACCUACCCUAUUUGUCUUCAAUUGAACAUUAUUUAUUAGAAAAAGAUUUAAAUAGAUUUCCAUUCUUUGUAGCUCCUCUAAGUUUCGUACCACCUCGCAAUUAUUUCAAAAUUCCUUUCCCAGCUCCUCAUAUUGGAUCUAUUAUUGUCAGUCAUAUUGAAAAGACUACAGAAACGGAAUCAUAUAAAAACCGUCAAAAUUCUAGUCCCUCAACAGAAUUUAAUUCAUAUACUUUCAAUUCUUAUCCAACAUCAAAUGAUAAAAUUGAAACAACAACAGAAUUUAGUACAGGAGUUAGUAAUUCCGCUAUAUACAAAGAACCACAAUAUUACCAAGAUCGAAAACCUACAUCUGCUUCAGUAUUCGAAAAAGAAGAACAAUUAAAAAAUACGGAUUAUUUUAAUACCUACCCUACAUCAUCAAAUUACCGUGAUUCAAGUUAUGUAACUCCUUCUUAUCAGUCAAAUUUUCCACAAAGUACAUUACAAUAUGAACAGGAUACGUUAAGUGAUAUUCAAACAGGAAAACAAUCAUAUACCCCUACGUACGUGACUGGUAACCAAGAACAAGUUGUAGAUCACCAACAUAUCCAGUCUAAUGUUGAACCUUUGGGUCCUCCUGCUACUAAUAAUUACUAUACUUCUCAUUAUGAGUCAGAAAAAAAACCAGUUACUAAAUCAAGUCAAUACAACUUAUCUGCAAAAUUACCAGCAAUAUCCUCACAGUUGCCUGGAUUAGUAAAUUCUUUAAUGGAGAAAAGUGAAGAGAUUCCUCCAUUGACGACUCCACUCACGACAAGUACACCUGCUGCAACAACUGAAACACCAACUACAACUAUACGCAGUCGUGGAAGACAAAGGGGAAGAGUUGUAACAACAAAAAGUACAACUUUGCGUCCACCUGUGAAAUCAUCAACAAGCAGAUCCCAGAGACCAUUCACUAGAUCUAGAACGCGUUUAACUACAACUACAGAACAGUAUCAAAGAAACCCAUAUGACCCUAAAAAAAGUAAACCAGAAACGACUAAUGUACAUUAUACAGAAAAUGAAUCUCGCAAUCCUUUAAAUGCGAAACAUCCGAAAGUAAGAGGAAGAACUCAUAAACCAAAUCAGCCAAAGAUUUCAGAUCGGUUGCCAAAUGAAGGAGUUUUUCCGUCUAGUCAGCAACAAGGAGGAAAGACCUAUUCACAUCACAGUUCCACAGCUUAUCAAAUGAGUGAUGAUGAAGUUUCAAGAUUACAGAGUAACUCUAAUUCUCAAGAUUAUACAAAUCAAGCUCAUCAUUUAAAACCUUCAGAUUUUGAAAAUCAUCAAAUUUACCAACAAGAUCGUCAAUUUAGAAAUGAAACUGAUCUUUCUCCAAUUGUAAAUGCGGAACAUAAUAAGGAAUUGGUAUAUGAUUUAAAAUAUCAUACAGCAGCAACACCGACACCAGUAAAAGAUUAUUCUUAUUACCAAUCUAAAAAAAGUGGAAAUAAAGAAUAUGCAAGUGUUGAUCCUACCCAAGUAUCUGAAGUAGAUGAACCUUAUCAGCAAGAUUACCUACAAUACAAUGGUGCUUUUCCAAGUCAAGUUAAUCAGAAUUCACCAAAUGAUAAUUACGAAUCAACUGAAAGAUUAAAUUUUGAAAACUACCAAACUGGAGUCACGAAUAGUUUUGAUAAUUCACAAUCUGAUUAUUCUAUUCAAAAUGGAAAACAGUUUAACUAUGAUACACAAGGUCAUACGACAGACCAAUCAACAGCAAAACUGUUGACAGAUUUCCCUGUAACGCCAUCAACGAUAAAUACACAUUUGUCUGGACCUACUAGAGAAAAGACAAGAGAGCACUCACAUGGUCGUGUUCAACCAGAACUACAAACUCAUCAUGAAAAAUCACAACCUGAGUUCGUUCGUUUUAGUUCUGCAAUACGCCAACAAACAAAAAAACCAUCACCACAUUUAGUAAACCGAAAUAGAGAAAAUGUGUCUUCUCGAUUAAAAACACGUACUCGACCAAAUCAUAAAGACUCACAAAUUCAAACAGAUGGUCAGGAAUAUGUAAGAAUUCAAUCGGCCUUGAAUGAAAAGGACUCCAUCGUCACAUCUGCGACACCAGAAUCAGUAACUACUUUCGAAACAUCAGAUGGCUUAGAAGAAUACGGUUUUGUAAGGGCGCCAAAUUUUCAGCCUUCACAAUCUGAAGAGAAUGUUCAGAAUUUCCAUUUGAGAACAAAGGAAAAUCAGGGACGCAUAAAAAAUGAACCAGAAAGUCCUGCAGUGUAUUCAGAAACAGUUCCACAAAGACACGAUACCAAGAAACGCCCAACAUAUCUAUCUUUCAACAGAAAUUACCCUAAUAAUGUAGCAACAACAAUGCGUACGUCUAUCUCUCCAGAACAACAUAAAGAUACCGGGAGUCUUAAAUCAAAGACCGAAGAAACUAAAACUACUAAAAUUCGCGGCAGAGUAAGAAGACCUGGCAGAAAACGAACUACGACAACAACUACUGAAGCUGCAUUAGAAGAUCGUAAUGAAUUGCAAUUUAAUGAAAAUUAUUUCCAUAUGGCGGAUGUAACUCCAAAAAGUUUCUCCUCGCCGAAUAAUAAGCAGUUAUAUUUCAAUCGAAGAAAUUUACCCAAUCGUAAACAAGAAAACUUAGAAAUCUCUCAAGAAUUUGUACUUAACGUACCAAAGUCAAAUGAUGACCAAAGUGAACAAUCUACUAUUUCAUUUCAAAAGCAUAACAUAAACAGUAAUGCCGCUAAAAAAUUUUUACCACAAUUUGAAUCGUCUGAUAUUUACGAAGCAGAAAGUCAGUGGUCCACAAAAGUAUCAAACAAUGUGUUCCAGCAAAUACACCCACUUCACAAUACAACAGAUUUAGUAAAGAAUGACAAUUACACACAGAUUGUAGAAAAUAAAGAAAAUUUUGAUGAAACCACUACUUAUGGUUCAGACAUUAAUGACAAUAUUAGCAUUGAAACAUUGACUAAUUAUGAAAAUAUUUUCAAUCAAGAUUCAAAUGAAAAUUUUAAUAUGGACCAAACUGGAAUUCCUGAAAUUAUGACAUCUAUUUUAAACAAUAAUAAUAGUGACGAGGAAAAUAAUAACUAUAAUGAUGAUAGUAGUAAUCACUACAAUAAUAACGAAAAUAUCAACAACAAGAAUAAUGUAAAUCUAGAAAGCGCUACAGUUCAAACAAGUUAUGAAUUGCUACAAGAUAAAAUUAAAGACGACUCAGAGAGGGAUGUUACAACAGUAUUUCCUUUGAAAGAGCCCACUCGCAGAAAGGUUGGAUUUCGAAAGCGAAAAGUCAAAAUCAGGGUUCAUCCAAUUCGUGAACAAUUUGUAACCGCUGAAUCACAAAAUUAUGGUUCUCCAAUUAACACAUUCAAUAGGCAGUCUGGUAAAGAUCAUAUGAUUGAUGAUAUGUUCCGUGAUGAGAAACCAGAUUUCCGUGUACGCGAGCAAACAAGUUCUGACAUAAAUAAUGACUAUAUGGAGAUGUUCAAGGAACCUAACGAAUCUAUUGAAAUGAUGAAAGAAAUCUCGAAAUUACCAUCAAUUGUUACUGAAAAAGAUAACAAUAAAAAUAAACAAUUAACUGAUGAAACGACAAUAACUGUUGGUACAACAAAUACAGCAAAAAUAAUUAAUUUUGAUAAAAGUUUAGAUUUCACCGAAAGUCCAAUUUCACAUUUAACUAAUGCUAAAGAAUCUAAAACGCAAGAGGAAAAAAUCCAAGCACAGACGGAAGAAUCAACAAAGUCUUUAAAUGACAUCAAAGUAAACAAUAUUACCGAUAAUAAAAUAAAUUUAUCAACAUUUGGUCACCCAAAAAAUCAUAGAUUAGAGUGGAGUGAAUUAAAAUCUACCAAUUUGUCUCUUUACAAUAUUGCUAAGAAUGAAACCUUGAGUUCCAGAACUCAGACAAUGAUGGAAAACGUAAAGGAUGGAGGCAGAAGAGAGGAAAAUAAAGACAAUAAAAUUACUGACUACGUUCAAGCUAUUUUUGAUAGCAUAAACAAUGAUAAUGAAAGUAGGAAGGUUGAACGAAGUUUUCUACGACCUGUUCAAUUUGCAAAUCAUCAAGCAUCUUCCCAUUCCUUUGAAGAUAUAACAAAAUUACAAAAAACUAACGAUACUAAUUCUAAUAUGCCGAGUAAGCUCUCUCCAAAAUUACCUGAAGUUACAAAAUUAGGAGAAGUUUUAAGAACAUCAACAACGACAAAAGUUUCACAUAUGACUGAAAUUUGUUAUCGCGGUCGGUGUGUCAUGUCAAAACCAAAAGUAGAUCAUUCUACGUAAAAUUAAGUUAUUCGGUUGAUUUAAUUUUGCCUUUAUUUUGUUUUAAAUUUUAAUUAAAAGAGAUUGAAACAGUUCUUUAAAGGUAAAAUGCAGUAAAAUGCAACCAUUAAGAACAAUGGUUUAUCAAAAAUAUAACCGAAUUAUAUUUUUUCGUUAAUUAUUUAUUUGUAUGAAGUUGCGAUAAUAUUUGAUAGGUUACAUUUCAUUGUUUAAAGUUAGAAUUAAAGUUAAAAAUUUUAGAAGAAAAAAUAAGACAAAAAAUGUAAUAAAACUUUAGAAUACACAAUUAAAAAUCAAGAAAACAGCACAAAAUAAAAUUAAACAAAGGUGAAGAGCUUGAAAAGUUUUAUACUUGCCUAAUUUAUUUUAUUGAAUGUGCUUUAUUAAAGAAAGACAAAAUUUCUGUGAAAAUUGUACGAAAUACUUUGGUUUGCAGUUAUAGAGUUUGAAUAUGUUCCGCUUGUGAACUAUGAUGAGAGCAAAAGACAUAAAUUAAAAACAUUUAUUAGUUUAGGAAUAAUCUGCUUUAUGUAAAAAUAAAUCAAAAAUUAAAAAUA